AUGGCGAAUGGAGCAUGCGCGGGAGGUGGAUCUGACUUGCGGACUUUAACCUCAAAUGGAUUUCAAGAAGCGAAUGCAUCGUCCAAGGACGCACGGGGGACGCAGUCUGCAGCCGGGGUCGAGGAUGAAGAAUUCGAGCAAUCUCGAAUGCAAGAAGGAGACAUCAGGAACGUCGGUACACCCAGCCUUGAUGGGACCAACACUUACACGAACGGAACCGAGUUUUAUGGCGGCUCGUCAAACUUGGCCUUCCUCGCAAAGCUGUUUUCGAAAGCCCGCAAGCGAGCAACUGCGAUGUAUCAGGUAGCCUCUCCAGGGGCAGCUACCCCUCUUAUACCAGCAGAGGAAUCCACUUCUCAGUUAAAACACCUCAAUAACAACAGGUCCUCGCUUGUUGACCUCAUGUACAGCGUUGACUAUCACUCGCCUGCAUUGCACGGUUCGACGCCGCCGAACCAAGGGUACAUGGAAACGCCGAACGCACGUUUUGUCAGCCCCAGUAUCAGAACCGUGAAUCAAGCCUCGCCAGACUACAGUGCUAACCCGUUGAUCAACGACAGCUUUAUGCCGGCGGGCCCACCGAAGCAGACCCCAGUGAUUGCGUCUGCGCUAGCGGCGCCCUUCGACACAGAGCUGGGCACAACAGAGGUAGAGAAAAUCUUCAUCGAAGCUUACUUCAACAAUGUCCAUUACAUUCACCCCAUGCUGAUAGAAGAAUCCUUCGAACAAGAGUGCCAGAGGCAGGUGUGGACCAAUCAGCCUACCGCGGGUUGCAAAGGUCGCCGACCACAGUUUAUGGCGUUGUACUAUGCCGUAGUAGCGUUGGGUGCCAUCAACAGCGGCCCUGAUCAGGCUGCGUCCCUGGCAAAGCAAUAUCAAGAUGCCGCCUUCUCUCGUGGACGCGGAAGGAACCCGAUGCAAUCCGCCUUGGGGUGGGCGAGUCAUUACUUUGGUCUCGCAAAGCAAGCCUUGGGGGAUAUCAUGGAGAUAUCCUCGCUUGAAACUUGUCAAACCUUGUUCAUGAUGACUGUAUUCUGCCAAAACGCGCUCAAGCCACACGCCUGCUACAUGUACAGUGGAAACGCUGUACGGACGGCAAUAGCAAUUGGCCUGGCCAACAAUCCACGAUAUACCCACGCAGAAGAAGUCAAGCGCACGUGGUGGUGCAUCUAUUCACAUGAAAUUGAGAUGUGUUGCUCGUCUGGGCGGCUUGAUUCUCUGAUGGCUCCUGAGCAUUAUUCUCUACAAAUACCAGACAACAAUGUCAGCUAUAUCGCACCUACGCCAUAUCUGCAGGCUAACUUUGACCAGAGAGAGGCUGCAAAGAGCCCCGAAAUCGCCAUCAUCCCUGCGAUGGUCGACCUUGCCCGCAUACUCAAGAAGGCCUCCACAGACAUUUAUUCAACAUCUGGACGACGCUCGAUGAACGAAAUGUCGCGGAUAGGGCUCGAACUCAACAAAGACAUCGAUCAGUGGAAGGCCAAUUUACCUCCUUUCUUGAACUUCGACUUGGAAUCCUUGGACGAUCCAGUCUGGGCAUACAAGCAGAAAGUGGUGCUGAAGAUGCGUUUCUACAAUGCCCGCAUCCUUAUUAACCGGCCCUUCGUUGUGGCUUCUGCGCCAGCUCGUGGCUUAGCCAGCUUCUCCUGUCACGUCGACAUAUGCCUUGACGCGGCCCGAAAAACUAUAUUGCUAAUCCACAGUGCAUUUGUCAACAGGAUAUAUCUUCGAACGUGGUGGUAUUGCGCAACCUACACUCUCUACGCCAACAUGAUAAUUCUUUACCUCGUGCUGAUGGAGUUCCCUUCGGUGCGCGCCGAGGAGCUCAUUGCGGAUGUCGAAAAGAGUCUGAAAAUCUACAACGCCAUGAAAGAAGUCGUUGUAGCUCGAAGAUGUGCCGAGUUGACUAAGGAAAUGCUCACUGUAGCAAAGAGACAUCAGCAAGAAUUGCGGAGAAGGAAAGAGGUGCGUCGCGAUGCGGUAGAAGUUUCGAGUCUUCCUCCACCUGAUCGUGAUCCUUGGAACGAUGGCUCUCUCUCGACCGUUUUGAAUCAGUCAUUACCAGGCUGGGACAAGACUGCCAGCCUAGCGCAUCUGUACGAUCCCAGCGUUCUUGAGCAAUUUGCAUUGUCAGCCAACAGAGAAGCUGACGGGUCUGUCGACACUUUCAUGGACUUCUCAACCGGCAUUGGUGACGAAAGAUCAAUUACUGGUCCGAUGUGGGGAAUCUUCGAACCCUUCGAGGAGAACUGGUUGAGUGGAAAUCAACCGGAUAACUAG